CCCAGAUGCCACCAGGGACAUGGCCGGUUCUUUGAUCACGUUCCUGACCAACAUGCCGGUCUCGUUCCAGUCUAGUGACUCUGCAACCGGCGCCUAUGGCCACACAAACAUCGUGCUGCCGUCGCCAAGUCGUGUUUAUGGGGCUGAAGAGGAGAUCGCAC